UAAAAUUUAGCAACAAAUAUUGAAUUAAAUGCUCGCGUAUUCAUUUCUAAAUAACGUGAUCUUAUGCCACCAUUUUAUAAUUAGGAAAGGAGUAUUACAAUUCUGACGCGUGGAGACUCAUUGUUAUUAUCAUUUGGUACUCGAUCAUCAUCAAUGAUGUGGACCUGAUUACCAUCCGAAUUUCCUUUAUUGAAAUUCUUAGCAUGCUGAUUCCAUGUUUUGCGAGAAAGAGUGAAAUGGCAAUAUCAAAGUUGAGUUUGCGACUAUGUCAAAGAGCCAUUGUGUCUCUACACAGAUCAUACUGCACUGUGUCGCCACGGAAUGUCCUCAAACUGAGGGAGAGAGGAGUUGUUCACUCUGUUUUCCCGGCUACACAUAUUCAUGAAUUGGAGAAACAGCUAGGUCAGCCGCUGACUGUGUAUUGCGGGUUUGAUCCUACAGCAGACAGUUUACACAUUGGGAACCUCCUCGCCAUUAUUGCUUUGUUACACUGCCAGAGAGCCGGCCACCACACAAUUUGUGUUGUGGGAGGGGCCACAGCUCAAAUUGGUGAUCCCUCAGGGAGAACUAAAGACAGAGACCCCAUGAAGCCAGAGGUUGUGGAGAGAAAUGUUGCCUCCAUUACUGAAAGUCUAGAGAGAAUAUUCUCCAAUCACCAGCGGUACUUCUGGAGGAACCAAAGCAGGGAGCUUCCAGCUGUCAGGAUUUUGAACAACAUUGAUUGGUACAGCAAGAAGAGUGUGAUAGAUUUCUUAUCAACAUUAGGCAGAAAGUUUAGGGUGGGCAGCAUGAUGCACAUGUCCAGUGUGAAGACACGAAUGGAGUCAGAGGAAGGACUGAGUUUAACAGAAUUUACCUAUCAGGUGUUUCAGGCCUGUGACUGGCUUCACCUGUAUGAAAACUAUAACUGUACUGUUCAGGUAAGUCUUACCUAUCAGGUGUUCCAGGCCUGUGAUUGGCUUCACCUGUAUGAAAACUAUAACUGUACUGUACAGGUAAGUCUUACCUAUCAGGUGUUCCAGGCCUGUGACUGGCUUCACCUGUAUGACAACUAUAACUGUACUGUACAGGAAAGUCUUACCUAUCAGGUGUUCCAGGCUUGUGACUGGCUUCACCUGUAUGAAAACUAUAACUGUACUGUACAGGUUGGAGGGAGUGAUCAGCUGGGGAACAUUGUAUCAGGUUAUGAAUUCCUCACCAAGAUACACAAGAGACUUUUCUUUGGACUAAUGGUGCCAUUGUUAACAACUUCUGGUGGAGAGAAAUUAGGGAAAAGUGCCAACAACUCAGUAUGGUUAAAUCCGGACAAAACAACACCAUUUCAUCUGUACCAGCAUUUUAUUAACCUCCCUGAUGCUGAUGUAGAGACUUACCUCAAGCUGUUUACAUUCCUGACAAAAAGUGAGAUUCAGGACUGCUUAGCUGACCUGAGGGACAGACCAGAAUUAAGAAGAUCCCAGAAAACAAUAGCAGAGGAAGUAGUUAAACUGGUUCAUGGAGAGGUAGGACUGGAGCAGGCAUUGAGAUGGACAGAUGUGUUUUAUAAUCAGAAGGUAGAGACCCUGGCUGUUCUUACUGACCUGGAGGUCAACAUCCUGUUUAGGAAUUCCCCCAUCACCUCCCUCCCACUAUCUCCUGGACUGAGACUGGCCGAUGUCUGUAACAGAAUCAAGGUCUUCAAAAAUGAAGGUGAAGCGGAGGAGAAGAUAAAGUCGGGUCAGGUGAAGGUGAAUUUUAGACAAGAGAAGAACCCUGACACAGUGCUGAGAGAAAUGGAACACAUUCUGCCAAAUGACAUCACUCUCAUAACUCAGGGGAGAAAGAUUCACCAUGUUAUCAAGUGGGCAUCCUAGUGAUUAUAAGACAUAGGUUUUAUAUGUGUGGAUAAUAGUAAUCAAAACAUAGUGAACUGACUCUGAAGUAUUGCUCCUAGAAUGGCGCUGAUGAUAGACUUGGUGUGAAUAAUAAAUUCAUUGAUUGUUUAAGUACUUCACUGUUGUUUUGAAAACUGUGUUAUGUCUGAGCUGUUGUGGCAUAAUCAAGUACAGUUGUACUUUGGUAUUUUGAACACUGAUAUCUUAAAUACCAUGGAUAUGUCAAAGUGAUUUGAAUGUCCAAAACACUUUUUCUUUAUAUAUUUACCCUCAGUAUCUUGAAUUCUCAGCUAUCUGGAAUGUUUAUCUCAGUCCCAUUGAGUUCAAGAUAAUGAGGUUUGACUGUAUAUGUUACUUUCUUCUUUCAUGUGAUAGAAAUUUUUCACUGUAAAAGUGAUAUCUUUCACUGUGAAAAUAUAAAAAGUACAGCAUAACUUGAGAUUUUUCAUUCCCUUCACAAAGUUUGUCAUAAAAAAUACUCCUGUUACAAGAUAGCAAGAGUAAAUAAGCCUGACUGACUAAAACUGCCAGAGUUUCUACAAAUUGUUUAUAUCAAUGAUUACAAUUUUCAAUCUCACAAUCCCUUUGCCAUGAUGUCUUGCAACUCAACUCAAAGUCGUCAUAGCCUACGACACUCUGUGAGACAUGUUUUCAUUCAUGCUUCAUCAAAUAACCAACUUGUGCAAUAAUUUCCGUAUCUAAGUACAAAACAUUGAAUAUCCUCUACUUUUU